GUCAUUAUACCAGAGAGUAUAAUAAUUUAGACGUACAUGUUACAUCACAUCUUAAAAUUCCGAAUUCGAUUUUCGGAUUGUCUUUAAUUCCAUUUCUACUUUGCGAUAAAGUUUAUUAAAUCCAUCUCAAAAUGAGUGCCUGGAGACAAGUGGGCCUUAAUUACAUAAACUACUCCAACAUUGCCGCAAAGAUUUUGCGAAAAUCGUUAAAAGCUGAACUCCGAACCGAAGCAUUACGUCGGGAUGAAUCACAUGUCCGUAUUACUCCCUGGGCUAAUGGCAGACCAGCACAUGAAAAGGAUUAAUUGAUCUAUCUAAGAUUUGCAAAACAAAGCUGCCAAGUAGAAGAUUAUGAGCAUAACAGAAAAAUCAAUAAUGAAUAAUUUAACUUGUAUAAUAGCUUUAUUCUAAUAAACAUUAUCGUGAAAAGUUCAGAUUUCUUAUAAUUUAUUUAAUUUAAUUUAAAAAAUACUUGGAUACAUUGAACUAUUAAUAAACAUAAACUUUGCUUAAAAUGGUAAUGUGAAGAUAUAUAUAUAUUAGUGUCAGUUGAAUUGUACACAAAUCUCUAAGCUAAAUAAAACUGACAGACCUUAAAUAAAUACUAUGAUUUUUA